AUGCUGGGCACUAUCUUUGCAACCUUCGCUGUAUUCGCAGCGCUUAUCGCCACAAAGACCCACGGCAAAACAACGGCUUACCUGCACGUACGGGUUCACACCCCUGUUUCGUGUCCAAGCGGCCAGGAGAGCAUUGGCGUUGUUGGCUGGAGCUCGGAUGGCUGCGUCCCCUCUGGAAGCGUUUGUGUAGCUAACUUCAGCGGCGCAUGUCCCGAGGGUUCCCACUGUAUGAUGCUGGACACAGGUGUAUACGGCUGUAUGGAUGGCAUUGCAGUUACUGCUAAUCAUACGAGCUGCAGCAGCAACGAACAGAAUAUUGGGGUUGUUGGCUGGGAACAUGAUGGCUGCAUUUCUUCGAGCAACGUUUGUGUUGCCCAGGUGAGCAAUGGCGACUGUCCAGCUGAAACUUCGUGCCAGAAGCUGGACACGGGUGUAUACGGCUGUGUGGCUGAUUCCAAGAAGAUUGUUAACCACCACCACAAGUCGCGCGAAGUUGCAGAGUCGACGUGUCCGGGUGGACAGGAGAGCAUUGCUGUUGAAGGUUGGUCGGCAGACGGCUGCGUUGCCUCUGGACAUGUUUGUGUAGCCAAUGUCGACGGUGCGUGUCCCGAGGGUGCCCACUGUGCGUGGCUUGACACGGGUGUCUUCGGCUGCAAGGAGGGCGCUACAAAGCCUGUUGAUCAGACGAGCUGCAGCGGGAGUGAGCAAAGUAUUGGAGUGGUUGGCUGGGACUACGAUAGCUGCAUUUCUUCGACCAAUGCUUGUGUCGCCCAGGUAAGCAAUGGGGAGUGUCCCACGGGCGCAUACUGUUCGCUACUCGACACAGAUGUGUACGGUUGCAUUGCCAGCUCCAAACGCUAA